AUGGCGUGCUACUACCUGGUUAUCAGUUCAACGCACCUCAGCAACGGACAUUACCGGAGCAUUAAGGGAGUUUUCAGGGGUCCCUUGUGCAGGUCUGCCGGUGGCGAAUCUCCGGACAAUGCUGAGAAGGAGAAAGCCAUAGCUAAGGCACUGGAGGACCUGAAGGCCAAUUUCUAUUGUGAAUUAUGUGACAAGCAGUACCACAAACAUCAGGAGUUUGACAAUCACAUCAACUCCUAUGACCACGCCCACAAACAGAGACUGAAGGAACUGAAGCAAAGAGAAUUUGCCCGUAAUGUUGCUUCUAAGUCCUGGAAGGAUGAGAGGAAACAAGAGAGAGCCCUUAAACGGCUUCAUCAGCUUGCCCAAAUCAAACAACAGAGUGAGAGUGGUCCAGGAAAAAGCCCAAAAUUCAGAGCCACAACUGUUGCAGAAGGAAAACAGCAGUCAAUUCUCAGAGUCCCAUCCGAAGUCAACAGCAAUCCCAAGACUCAACCAGUGACCCCUCUGGUCUGCACCAGGACGUUUUCCCCAAAAGAUCCACUUUCCAGGGGCUCUCCUUCAAAAUUGGAGCCUAGGAAACAGCCCUCCAGUCGGGCUAAACACUCCCCGCUGCCCUCAAAGCCGUCUGGGGGUACCCGGACUUCCAGGACGGGAGUCUCGUUUUGUUUCUCCAAACGAGCUCAGCUAAAGCUGGACUCUUGCGCCUCGGUGUUCAGCGACGGCAUGGACGAGGCAAACGACUACGAGGAUCUCCAGCGACGGAGACAGAGGCUGGCCCUCCUGGCUCUGUGGUCCCGCUCUCCCUCACCGGAGCAAAACGACCUCAACCUCCCCCCGGAUCAAAGAAGCCCGAAUGGAAAAAAUGAGGACAGCAACAUGCAAAUAGAGACGCAGGUGGAGGACAGAAUUCAGGAGGAGCGCUCGAAGACCCAAAAAACGAACAGCACAACAGAUGAGCAAAGCAGCCGCAGCCCUGAUACAGAAAGCCCUGGGGUGGACAGGCAGCCUGGGGUUUUAGAGGACAGACUGAGAGAUCAUGGGCAGGAGCCCAGCACAGAAGAAGCUUACUUGGGAUUGGAGGAAGGGGACUAUGUAGAGGGCUCCAGGCCUGUUGUUUACACAGAUGGACAGAGUGAAAAACAUUCUGGCCAGUCGCAUUGGCAUGAUGAUAUGCAUAGAUUUAUCCAAAGGAGUCACAAACGGGAUCAUCUGCAGGAUGAUGCUAAUAGUCUGUCAGAGACAGAGAUAGGAGGGCAAGGUGCACAAACAGGGUAUAGACAAGCGAACGAGGAGCUGGAGAGCGCAGGUGUUUCGUUUUUAAACGUCCUUGGAAAAGACGGGACGACAAAACUAAAAUGGCCCUUGGAAUUUGUGAGAUACACCUCUGACGAGCCGCGAAUAUCUUACAGCUGCAACCCACUCUAUUUCAGUUUCAACCAUGCAGAAAGCAAAGUGAAAAGCACAAAGGCUGAAGGGCUAGAUCUGUGUUAUUCAGAGAAGUGUUCUGACCAGGCUGACAGAACCAAGCCUCAGUACCAGGAUCAUUCAGGGGAUAAAUUAGACGUUUUAAAACCAAAGAGACCCAAAAACAAGCGAGCAGGGAAGGCUCGGAGGCGUAAAUUAGACGCUGUCAGGAAGCACAGAGCAGGUUAUGUGGUGAACGCCUGCUCACAAUCAGGAGCAGGAGAAUGCUUUGAGUUCAGAACUGCUCCAUCUGACACAUCCCAAAACAAACAAGCUCGCACAAAGAGAAGGCAAAAGCUGCUCCGGAAAAGGAGAAGAUCAGUGAAAAAUGAAAGUUCAAAUGAAAGUGACGCGCCAGAACUAACCCUGAAAAGUAUCGUUGUAAACUCAUUUUCUAAUCCAUCAUCCAAAAGGAAGAAACGUCAAACGGUGAGAAGAUUUGCCUCUGCUCUUCGCCAGACGAAGAGACAGCUCUCCCUGGACCCAAUUCACUGCACAGCAGAGAGAGAAAGUCAUUACCGGUGGCAUAGAGACUUCUAUGAGACACGGAGAGAUACUAGCACAACCCCAAUUAGUGAGAAAUCUGGCUCUUGGAGUGCAGUGUCAGAUCCGAACUCUGAUGGGGAAGGGGUAACAUUGCGUUGGGGUAAAUACUCUAGCUCACCUGGGUCUGCCUACCAGUCUCCCUGGAGGAGGGAGUUCAAUUCAGCCAGGUGUUACAGUACCACGACAUCUAGUCACGGGAUAUCCUGUUACAGCUACAAGGCCAGAGCGGACAGUCCGCAUGUAUACACUGAAUGUGGGGAAGUUGAAGAUGACUGGAAUUACAGAGAUUUUCACAUCAACAGGAAGAGGAAAUACUCGGCAGUCUGUGACAACCUUGCUUGUGUGGAAAGGAAAUGUAAUCAAGGUAUUAGAAGGCGCAAAAGAACUUUUGAAGUUUAUGAAUGCUCUGACUACAAUAGGGCAAAUAUAUCGAAAGAUUUGUGUUGGUAUAGAAUUUAUGAAAGUCCUGAACCUCAGAGACCGAAAGGGAAUUUGAGCAGUGAGAGAGUCAGUCCUGGAGUCAGGAGGGGCGCAGAAAGGAGGAGAGUGCUCAGGUCAAUUCCUAAGGAGACAAGGCAAGAUAAAAAGCAUGGGAAACCCCAUUCUGGAUCCAGAUGUAGUCCCAGUUCAUCCAGUUGCACUAGCAUUUCAGACCUUAGUGGAGACUGGGGUUUCAGUGCACGGAGUGGGUCAUCAGUUGGUAGGGAUACAUGGUCCUCUCGACCAAGUCAAACUCAGUCCAACGGUACUCACUGCAAAGACUCCACUACGCCCAGAGACAGACCAGAACCAUCCAUCACCACUACCAGAGAAUGGAGUCAGCAGUCUACACCUCCAUCUGUCAAAGAUGCCAACACCCAGCCCGAAGUGUUGACCGUCAGUGAGAAACAUGAAGACAUUAAAACCACUGCCUCGGUUUCACUGGAGAAAAGCAUCUCAGAGGAUAAAAAUAUCACGGUUAAGAGAGCAUGCGCUGUUCCAGUAUUACCGCUAAUUGGAAAGCUCCCUGCCAUGAGAAAAGGAGUGAAAAAGAAAAAACACGUUUCAGAAAAAUGUAACAGCAGCAAUGACCCCAUUGAAAAAACGUUGAAUGAUUCACAAAGACCGCAGCAGGUUGCUUCAUUUCAAACAGACUUGGCUGGAGGUGCAUCUCCUGAAAGUUCCAAACAGACUGAGGGACAGAUCCAAAGCUCCUCAGAGAACUGGCUUUCAACUCACCCCCUUAAAGUCCAAGACAAUGCCAGAGCUGCACACUGCACUACUGUUUCAGACCAUAUGCAAGCCAUUUGUGGCCAGCGGGAUGGCUUAGCAUCAUCAACCAAUCGCAUCGGUCAUCAGGACGAUAAAACAGAAAGUUUGGACGGCAAGCCUGCGAGAUGUUCCACCCCUCCUUUGACUGAGCAACCAAUCACUUUUUCUGAAGAAGAGAUUGACAAGUAUAGGUUGCUACAACUCCAAGCCCAGCAGCAUAUGCAGCAGCAGCUCCAAGAAGAGAAGGAAAUAGAGGAGCAACAAACACUACUGGAAACAGGGCCCAUUAACCUGAUACCAGUACAAGUCCAAGAGCCUUCGAAUCAGUCAAUACAACCUCCACCCCAUCUCCCUUGCACUAUCCUCCAACACAGAGCGCUCGCUGCGUUUUCCUCUGCCAACCUUCCCUCUUCCGCCUCUUGCCCUCCUUCUUCUUUACAAUCUCUUCUUUCCCCCUCAAUACACCUCCAUCCGCUUCACUCCCCUCUUCCGCAAGCUCAUUUUUCCCCUUUUCCGUUCCCCGCGACGUUUUUCCCAGCUCAUCCUGCUUCGGUGCUGGCAGCUCAUCCCUUACACCUGAUCCCGGCCUCAUCCCUCCAUUCUCCGCACGCUCAUCGACCCGGUCUAGCUCUUCAUCCGUUGCCCCCAGCUUCUCUCCUUCCCAGCAUACUCAGUUCCACUCAGAUCACAGCUGCCGCUGCCGUCGCUGCUGCCAGUACCCUUCAAAUCCAACCCCUAGUACGCCCUCUGUUUCCCAGCCAGGACCUUCAACACCACCCCGGGCCUGCCAGUUAG